AACACUACUAUUAAUCCUCAAAAUACAGAACUCUCUUUAUUUUCAUACUAGAGUCACGUAAUAAUAUGUAGAAUAUUUUAUUUGAUAGGUAUAUUGUUCUAGUGGACAAAUUGUUUUGAAUAUAUCAUAAGAAAUAAUGAUUGUACGUGUGAAUAUAAUAUAAUAUUUAAACGUACGUAACUUAUAAUUGCUCUAUAAUUCAUUUUAGAUUUGGUGGUUCACGUUAUUUUUACACGGUGUGCUUGCGUUACCGAUAUGUCAAAAUCAACAAAAUUCAAAAGACUCUGUAGUAUUAAGCGCACUUCUGCCAUUGCAUUCAGGCGAGGAAUGUUCAGAAACUCAAAUUAGAGGUAUUCAGCAGUUGGCCGCUUUGGAAUACGGACUUAGUAAAAUAAACGCUGAUCUAAAUCAAUAUGGUGACGUAAAAAUCAGUAUGUUAGAUUUGUUUUUAUUUAAAUAAAUAUAAGUGCCAUUUAUGAUUUGUUUGUUUAAUAUUUCAUUUAUCAGGUUUACAGAUUUUGGACACUUGUUCUAAUUUGAAUAAAGCUGUAAAAGUCACUAUGAAAGGAUUAGUUUCUGCUGAACAAACGUGCAUUAAGUCACCAUUAUUUUUAGGUUCGAUAUAUAUAAGAAUAAUAGUAUAAAAUUUCAUUUUAAAAAUCAAGCAAAUAAGUAAUAUUUCUAUACAAUUUUUAAUGGUAUUUAAUUCAAAUAAUUUAGGUUACGUAGGACCAGACGAUUUAGAGCUUUUCAUCAACCUGCGAAAAAUUACAUCUUUAUUAAAUAAAACACACGUUUUGCCCUAUAAAAUUGAUUUAAGUGAAGAAAAGCCUGUAAACGUUUUCUUUAUUGGUACAGAUCAAACUGGUAUUAGAGCGAAAGUACAUACAAACAUAUUUUCUUAGAUUCAUCGUGAUGAUCGAUUUUGAAAUAUAAACCAUAUUUGUUUUUAUUAGGCUAUUUUUACAAUGAUGAAGAAUUUGGGCUGGGAAAGUUAUAAACCGGUAGUAGAAGAUUCAAUUCAAACUUUUAGCUUAUUCGAUUCACUUGUUGAUUUGUCGGACGGACAUAUUUGUGCUGUUGGAAAACCAAUCAUUUUACCUAAAUCAGAGAACGGAUAUACAAUUAUUUACAAGGAAAUAAUGGAAAGUAAGAUUAUACAUUUCAUAUUUAUAUAACCUACUUGUUAAUACUGACAGUGGCGUAAUUUGGUCAGGUUUGUGGACAGGACUGGAUCAACGUAUGUAGGGAAUAUAGGAAAUUGCCUAAAGUGUUAAAUUUUGUUUAGGCGCUAAAAAUAUGUUAAAGUCUACUAUCCUUUGAUAUCCAUAUGUACUAUGAUUGUUUUAUUGUACGCUUUUUAAUUAUAUCGAUGAUGAAUUUUAUAUAGACCAAGAACAUGCAGCGUUUGAUGGCGUACUUUUAAUUAUUGAAAAACCAGAAGCUCUUAAACCUUUGUUAAAGAUUUUAUCAUCUAGUACUAAUGUUCAACAACAUUCGUUUGUAGUAUACAUAAUUUUUGUCGGGUUGAAACUAUGGGAAUUGCCAAAAUUUAAUUCUUUGACAAUGGUCGUUAUGCAAGAAGCCACGUAAGUAUUUCUGUUUGAUACGUUUAUGUAAAUUUAAAAUAAUACAUGAUUUCACAGAGAGUUUAAAGUCAGAAAUGACAUCAAACAGUAUUUUAAUAAUUCGCUGCUUAUUAGUUACCACGAACAAACUCGGAUGCAUAAAAGAAACUGCAAUAAUGAUCCAAUGUGUUUGGUAUGGUAAUUAUUAUUUAAAGCCCUGCUGAUUUUUUUUGAGUAACCGUGUUUUAAUAGGAUUCUCUUGAAGAUGAGUUGGACUCAACAGUUAUGCCGAUCAUGUAUUCAGUACAUUUAUUUGCAAACGCAUUGAAAAUGUCAUUAGACCAGAAAUGCAAGUAUAAUAUAGAUUCUACAGGGGUUUGCCGUAAUCUUCAAUUAAUGCCAGCCACGGAAUGGAUAUCAAUGUUAAGGACAGCAUCGACAAUAAUAAACGGGCCUGAAGGACCUAAACGAAUUCGAUUUCAAAUGGAAACAACACAUCACGUUAGCAUAUAUCUGUGGAACACGAUCACAAAGCAGUUAGAAUUGGUAAUAAUGUUAUUUAACCAUUAUAAAUGGCACUUGAAUUAAUGGGGGACCCGGAAUAGACACAAAAAGAGUUUUCCGUUUUACCUAUUGUAUAAACAAUAGUGUAUUGGUUUACACUAUAGGUAUACACCGAUCACAAUAAUACAUCGGAUUUAAUAAUUUAACAUCAAAGGUUCUCACAAAAUUUAAAAUAUGCAAAUUUAUACAAAAAGUUUUACAUAAAAGUAAUGAUAUUCAUAUUCUAUCGAUCAAUGCCGUGGUUUUCAUAAUAUGUAAUUAGGAAAAACCGGAAGAAAAAACAUAGAAAAAACGGACAAAGCUUAAGAAAAUAAUGUUUUUAUUAUUUUCAAUUUUGUUUUUUGUCGUGGUUCAAUUAAAAAUAAUUGUAGAGACUUAAAAUUUGGACAAAAAACUUAUAUUUACCUUUUAUAUACGUGGUAAAAUUUUUAAAAUAUUUGAAUCAUUUUAAAGCUAUUUUAUACGUUUUAAUUUUGCGAGUUUUUUGCUAAUUUUUAUUCGGUAGGUACUCUGUUGAUAAAUUUGUUAGACCCUAUAGAAAUGCUUGAAAAUUUAACAAGAGGUAUUAUAAGUGGCCAGAAAAAAAAAAUUGAGUAUGAUGUAGAAUCUUAUUUUAUAAGAAUUUUAAUACUAAAUUUUUACGAAAAUCGUAAAUAUUAUGGCCUUUCAAAAUAUGUAUAACUAAACUCUGUUUAGACUCGUUUUUCGAUAGCAAUGAUUAAUCGUUGCGUACAGAUUAAAUUCCCUUAUAUCUUCCCGACUUCUCGACUACAACAGUGGCUCACCUAUUGUGCGAAUUAUGUAAAUCUUUUUUGAAGCAUUCCUUCCUAAAAUGGUUCUCCACCCGCAAUUCUUUGCCAAAUCUGUAGUACUGAUUUGGAAUAACUAUUAUAUAUAAUUAUUAUGUUGUUAAACUACUGAUAUCUAUAUCUACAUUAUGUAUUUAUGUAGACUAUAUAUAUUUAUGUAAAUAUAUAUAUAUAUAUAUAUCUGUAUAGAUUUCUACGAUGACAAAUGGGGAGAGAUUGAACUUUAUUAAAAAUGUAUAUUUGCCUACUUUGAUACGUACGGCUAAAUUUGAUCGUCCGGCCAUGUGCGGUCAAUCACACAAAAUCAAACCGAAACUAACCAAAACUACUACUACGGUGGCUUCAACGAUGGAAGAAGCGACUGUCGCAAAGGAAGACGAUGAUUGGUCGCCGAUUUGGCAAUUUCUACCAAACUCCGAAAAACAUCCAAAGACAAAAGAUAUGUAUCACACGAUUACUGUGAUGCUGUGCAUUGGUUUUGGAUUUCUUCUAUUUAUGAUUGUGAUGAUACGUAUGCUGUACAACAUGUUUAAGUUCAAACAAGGUGAUGACCAAUCGUCGUCCAAGAAAAAAAAGAAGGCAUCAAGGAGACCCAGAAGAACGGGUUCCGUAGUUAGCAGAAGAUUGAGCAGAGCUAGUUCCAUAAUAAGUACACGAUCAAACUAAUACUCAAUUAACAAAAAUUAAUAUGUUACUAUCACGGUAACACGAAAUUACUAUGUUGCGUACCUGCAUAUUGAUUGAUAUAACGUAUCUUAGGGUACCUACAUAUUAUAUUUUAAACUAUAGUAGUAAUAUUUUAUCUAUGAGUAUAACGUGGUAUUUCAGUAUUUGUGUAGUCAAAGUAUAAUAUUUUAUAAUAUGCAAUACAAUUAAUUAUUAUAUUACGAUUUACCGUUAUUAUAUUUUCAGUAGUAUCUAAAUUAAUUUUGGAAAUCACUGUUAACCAAAGAGACUAUUAAUUAAACAAUCGUGACUGCCGUGUGUUUAAUACGAUUAAUUUAUUAAAAAUAGAAACCGUUUAUAAGACAUCACGGGUUAACUAUAAACGUGCAUGUACAGGUAUUAGGUAUACGGUUUAAGCUAUUAUUUCCUGGAAUCCUUGGAUACCAAUAUACUCUGUAUAUCAUAAAAUAAAAAAAAUAAAUAAACGCUUUUAAAUGAGCACCUACAUACAGGUAAAGAGAUUAGACACUCUUACAAGGUUGAAAAAGUUUAACGCCGUGCUGGUAUAAGACAUUUUGUCUCAAUUUGAAAUUAUUAUCGUCAGAAAAAGGGGGGAAAUCUCUUUUUCUUUUUUAAUACUCGUUCGUUUAUUCUAUUAGUUUACAAUUUUGCAUAACUGAGAGGAAUUUUGAAACCAAAACGACCUCGAUGUAGGUAAUGGAAAGUUGUGAUAUAGAUUUCCUAGUUUUUUUUUAAAAAUACAUUUUUUUUUUAGUUUUGCAUUUUACCGCUUGAGUAACGAUUGUUGAUCUGUUUAUUUUGACGAAACCAUGAUUAUUAUUAUAAUUUUUUUUAAACUAAACCUAAAUGAUGUCUUAGUUGUAAUUAUUACUAUCAACGUACCAAGGGCUAUUUUUAUGUUUUAUAGCACACACAGCACGUAGUAGCCAACUAUGUAGUACCAAAUUAAUUUACCUGUAUGUUGUUAUUUCACAGCAAGUAUUAAAGACGAGUAUUAAUAUGAAAUAAAGUAAAUAAUCCUCCAUUCGUGUUUACUGUUUUAGAUUCUGAGCGGAGCGAGGAAUGUAUUGGUUUUACAAUGAUGUUUAUUUUGUAUUUUUUUUUUCUGUGGACAAUUUUUCUACCAGCAAUUUUGCUCCAACUGCUAUGUAUGGCACCUUUAAGGUGCUGCUUUAGGUCAUUUUUUAUUUUUCCAGCUAUUUUCAUAAAAUUGGGUAAACCGGAAAAAUCCACUAGAAAAACCGGGAUAAAACGUAGAAAAAAUAGGAAAAUACGUACAAUAUUAAAUAAAUAUUAUUAAAGAAAACAUAUGAUGCGUAUGUAAUUAUUUUACCAUAAUAUGAUAUAUAUAUAUUGUUGACAAAGUAAUACUAUUUACCGAAUUCCGCUGAGAAUCGCUUUUUCAUUAACAAUGGUUUAUCGUUGCUUACAGAUAUACAUUAAAUUUGCUCUUAAUUCUCAACUUCUCACCUACAAUAGUGGCCCACCCAUUGUGCGAAGUAUGUCCGUCUUUUUAUUUAUAUGAUUUCUAUUUUAUUAUGUUGGUAGGUAAAAAUAACACAAUAUACACAAUAUAUCACAAAUAGAAAUGUUUAUGAUUAUUAUGUAUUUAUUGUCUUAUUAAUAAUUUUCUUUCUCCUUUUAAACUCUUCUCUCUCCACUCCAUAUUAAACAUCUCCUUAUUUUUAAUGUGUAACUAUAUGAUGUAUGUUGUGCGUUGUGCAUAGAUGAUACAAUAAAAAUUAUCCUUCUUAAAAUAAUAAUUACAUUAGCUAUAAAUAAUUGCUGGUUCACUAAUAAUUGAGCAGUAUCAAUGCUUUAUAUAUGUAAUUUACCUACACAAAAUGGAAAAUGUGUCAAUAAUUCAUAAUAAUUUCAGUUUGGUAUUAUUAUAAUAUGCCCUUACUUUAACAAUUAGGAUAAAAUAUACUGAACAGAAACGACCUUCAAAAUGAAUGACCAUCACAUUAUUUAAAUCCAAACAUUUCCACUACAAUAUCGUAAUAUUAUUGUCAUGACAUAUUAUAAUGAAUAGAUGUGCUUAAUUUUAAGGAGAGC